UGUUCACAGGUGAGCUCCCCAACAGCCACUGGUCACGAUGGAGGCCAUCAAGAAAAAGAUGCAGAUGCUGAAGUUGGACAAGGAGAAUGCUCUGGAUCGGGCAGAGCAAGCUGAAGCCGAGCAGAAGCAGGCAGAAGAAAGAAGUAAACAGCUGGAAGAUGAGCUGGCAGCCAUGCAGAAGAAGCUGAAAGGGACAGAGGAUGAGCUGGACAAGUAUUCUGAAGCUUUGAAGGAUGCCCAGGAGAAGCUGGAGCUGGCAGAGAAGAAAGCAGCUGAUGUGAGUGCUCAUAUCAUGCUGUUGCACAAAGGAUCUGGUAACAGUAGUCUGUAAUAGCGGAUUCCUUCUGACAAAAUGGAGGCAUAAGAUAUCUUCCAAUUCCUACAAAAGGAAUUGUAAGCGAUGAUUAAUUACCAAGUCCUGAAUCAUUCAAGGUUUGGAGAGGCAGGCAAAUCACUGGUGCAUAUUGACUCUCAAAAGUAACAGGGGAAAAGACCAGUACUCUAAAUAGAACACUUAUAUUCAUAACUGAUGCCAAAUAGAUUGAGAACUUUGUCAACCUGCCCAUCUCUUCAUCCCCCAUUAAUUUCUUCCAUUGAUUUUCAGGAGAUGGGAGAGAACCUACCUGAGCAGACUUUAAAAGGAGGCUGGAGGUCAUCGUCUUUUGAAGAUGAGACCCAGAAAGUCUAGGCUUUUCUUAGUACCUGGGUUUGGAGCAUUUGUGGGGUGCGUGGAAGUAGAGGCUUGUAGGGUGUUUAUGUUGUGGAGAGGACACAGGGUGCCCUAGCGGGUAGGUGGUGGCGGAUCAGCACUGAGGGAGUGAGGGGUCAACGGCGGGUGUAAAGGCCGCACAGGCCAACCAUUGGGCAGCCUGCCCAGCGACUGGAGAGGCUUAACCACGACGCGCCUUCCGGUUACCAUGGUAGCCUUCCCUCUUCCCAACCCCGCCCCCCUUUGCUGGCCCGAGG